AUGUCUUUGGUCAAUUGGAAGUCUUUUGCUACGACUGAAGUUGGACUUCGUCAUGCGGCGCGCAUGAAUGGCGUGCGCGAUGUUGUGCUUCGUGUCAUUGUCAAUUUGGGGGAAGGCCAUGCACAUUUGAAUCUGCUGAAGCGUCUAGCGCGUCCGCCGGAUAGUCUACUGAGUAGCAAUCAUAUCUUGCCCAUUUUAUACGAGGUUGUCUUUGAAGAUAUCAUAAUUUUGGCAGUUCCGAAACUUAUUUUUGAUCUGGACGAUGCCUGCCGCCCUGGAAAAUUCUCAAACUCCAUCGAAGACGUGCUGUACAUGAUUGUUCAGGCUUUGGAAGGUGUUUCAUACCUCCAUCAAAAUCUUAUAGCACAUCAGGAUCUAUUUCUGAAUAACUUUAUGGUCGAAUGGGUCCCAGAGUCGCUUGCGGAGAGAACGUCCGUGACUCGGCCCAGGGUGUACAUCAUCGAUUUAGAGACUGCUGUUGAAUUCCCUGAACAUUCAAAGGUGUCGGAAAGGCUAUGCUCCAAAUUUCACCGCUCGCUAGACGACUAUGGCAGAUAUGUGGCCCCUGAGCUCAAGACACUUCAACCUUACUGUCCUUUCCGGCUAGAUAUGUGGCAGCUGGGUAUGAACUUGAAUAUGGCUGUUGAGACUGACUUGAAGGAAAUAGACGAGAUCUGGCUGGGACUCUGUGCACAUGCUCCCGAAGAACGCUUAACCGCAGAUGAAGCUUUAAAGGCCCUUGAUGAAUAUCUUCGGAGGACGCCAUCGACAGCACUCCAUCGAAAGCUGCUCACUCCCAAAGACAAGAAUUUAGUGUUUUGA